GCCUCUGUCCCGGCCCCGCCUCUCGGGCCUUAGCGGCCUCUAGCCCGAGCUUGGGAGCUACCGCCUCUCGGAUGCCCACCCGCCAUGGGGCUGUCGGAAGCGCCGGGACAGAGGGACACGCAGGCACUGCUGUCCACGACGGAGGCCAUGGAGCUGAGGCGGCGAGACUACCAUGUGGAGCGGCCCCUGCUGAACCAAGAACAGCUGGAGGAGCUGGGGAGCCGGAGCCCAGCACCAGUGACGCUCCAGUGGCGAACCUGGUUUCGGUGCUCCCGCGCGCGGGCCCAAGCCCUUCUGCUUCAAUACCUCCCGAUUUUGGCCUGGCUCCCCCAGUAUUCUGUGCGUGACUGGCUUCUGGGUGACAUGUUGUCUGGCCUGAGUGUGGCCAUUAUGCAGCUACCACAGGGCCUAGCCUAUGCCCUCCUGGCUGGACUGCCCCCUGUGUUUGGCCUCUACAGCUCCUUCUAUCCUGUCUUUGUUUAUUUCCUGUUUGGCACUUCCCGGCACAUCUCUGUGGGCACCUUUGCCGUCAUGUCCGUGAUGGUGGGCAGUGUGAUGGAAUCGCUGGCUCCGGACGAUGCCUUCCUGCUGGGCUUGAACUCCACACUCGAUGUGGCAGCCAGAGACGCUACCCGGGUGCAGCUGGCCUCCACUCUCAGUGUCCUUGUUGGCCUCUUCCAGGUGGGGCUGGGCAUGGUCCACUUCGGCUUCGUGGUCACCUACCUAUCAGAGCCUCUGGUCCGAGCCUACACCACGGCCGCGUCUGUGCACGUCUUUGUCUCGCAACUCAAGUAUGUGUUUGGCCUUCAUCUGAGUAGACGCUCUGGACCGCUGUCCCUCAUCUAUACAGUACUGGAGGUCUGCUGGAAGCUGCCGGAGACGGUGGUCGGUACCAUGGUCACCGCCAUAGUGGCGGGAGUGGUGCUCGUGCUGGUGAAGCUGUUGAAUGAAAAGCUGCGGCGACAUCUGCCCAUGCCGCUCCCCGGGGAGCUGCUCACGCUCAUCGGGGCCACAGGCAUCUCCUAUGGCGUGGGCCUGAAGCAGGCAUUCGGGGUGGACAUCGUGGGCAAAAUCCCCUCGGGGCUGGUGCCCCCGAUGGUCCCCCGCCCCCAGCUGUUUGUAAAGCUCCUGGGCAAUGCCUUCGCCAUCGCUGUGGUCGGGUUCGCCAUCGCCAUCUCGCUGGGCAAGAUCUUCGCCUUGAGGCACGGCUACCGGGUGUAUAGCAACCAGGAGCUGGUAGCUCUCGGCCUCAGUAACCUCAUCGGGGGCAUCUUCCGGUGCUUCCCUGUGAGCUGUUCUAUGUCUCGGAGCCUGGUACAGGAGAGCACCGGGGGCAACACACAGGUGGCCGGAGCCAUCUCCUCCCUCUUCAUCCUCAUUAUCAUCUUCAAACUGGGAGAACUCUUCCAAGACCUGCCCAAGGCGGUCCUGGCUGCCGUGGUCAUCGUGAACUUGAAGGGCAUGGUGAUGCAGUUCACCGACGUGUUCUCCCUCUGGAAGGCCAAUCGAGUGGAUCUGCUCAUCUGGGUGGUGACCUUCGUGGCCACCAUCCUGCUGAAUCUGGACCUCGGCCUGGCCGUGGCCGUAGUAUUCUCCCUGAUGCUUGUGGUGGUCCGCACCCAGAUGCCCCACUACUCUGUCCUGGGGCAGGUGCCAGACACGGAUAUUUACAGAGACGUGGCAGAGUACUCAGGGGCCAGGGAGGUCCCAGGCGUGAAGGUCUUCCGCUCCUCGGUCACCGUGUACUUCGCCAACGCCGAGCUCUACAGUGACUCACUGAAGCAGAGGUGCGGUGUGGAUGUGGACUACCUCCUCUCUCAGAAGAAGAAGCUGCUUCGGAAGCAAGACCUGAAGCUGAAGCGGCUGCAGAAGGAGAAUAAGCCCCCCAAACAGGCUGCCACCUCCAAGGACACCUCCAUCUCCAUCAACGUCAACACCAGUGUCAUGGACAUUGAGAGCAACAACGAUGUGGAGGGCUCCAAGGCCAAGGAGGCGAGCGCAGGGACUGAGCUAGAGGAUACAGGAGCCUGGGCUCCAGAAGAUGCCAAAGCCUCAGACAUGUCCUCGCUGAAGGCCCUGGGCCUGCCUCAGCCAGAUUUCCACACCCUCAUCCUGGACCUGAGCUCCUUCUCCUUCGUGGACACUGUGUGUCUCAAGAGCCUGAAGAAUAUUUUCCGUGACUUCCGGGAGAUUGAGGUGGAGGUGUACAUGGCCGCCUGCCAAGCUCCCGUGAUCACGCAGCUUGAGAAUGGGCACUUCUUCGAUGCUUCUGUCACCAAGCAGCAUCUCUUUGCCUCAGUCCAUGACGCUGUCCUCUUUGCACUCCAACACCGGAGGUCCGGCCCCAUCGACCCUGUUUCGGUUACCAAACUCUGACCCUGCAGCCAUCCCGCCUGAGACUGCCUGCCUCUGAAGGUUUGACAGGGUACCCGUGAGAAACCCCCACCCCUAGGCUGCCUCCGGAUGUCACCAGGAGUCCCCUCCACGCACGCGCACUCACACACGUAACUCAGGGAUGGAGGUCCUGGGACUCCAAGUUCAGUGCUCUCGGCCAGGGAUGAGACACUGGCCGAGUUGGAGAAGCAAGCGUGUUUUUAGCCUCAGGAAUAAAGAUUUGUUUGCCUGA